CUAUUUUUACAGGUGAUACAGCGUGUGCUGAUGACAAGGCAAACAAGGCGUUCGUUCUUUUGAAUUUUUUCACAAAUUAAUGAGUACAUGAAGUAAAUAUUUUCUAACUCGUGUGAAAAUUGUAAACGAAAUCUCAUAAUCAAGCAACAGUGAGCGGCCAAUCAGAUUCAUGAUGACGUAUUCCAACCAAUUAAAACGCAGCCGACACUUGCUACUCCGUUGCAGUGGAAACCAUGUAAACAGUGUGUGUUGCCUUUUAGUUGUAAUGGAAGUGCGGCACUAAAGUCUUAUAAACUUGUAGGGGUUUUGUUUAUAUCACCCCAACUCCAAAAUCAAAAAUCAUACCGAACAAUCAUUUAAGAAUUUCAUUGUCGCAUAAUUGUUCGAAACGUUUGGCGAACAUCCAGCAUUAUUGCAAGACUAUGUAAAGAAUUAUCAAAAAUAUGGCCGUUGUAAGUAUUCAUGACGACUUGAAAUUCAGAGAAGUUUUUCCUGACAAGGAUUUUGAUCACUGGAGGCAACCUGAAUCUCCCAAAGAAGGGAAACCGCACUCGCCUGGGUCCGUACAAGACAAGAGUUCGGCUGGCUUGAAGGACUUGUCGAGACUGACUCGAAAACGAAGGUGUUACCUUUCAGCGAAAGGGGCUCGACUAUCGUCGAGGAAGCGUAUUGAUGAUAAGAUGUCAACGUCAAGCAGCGAUAUGAAAACCAGGUUUGCUAGAAAAGAACCAUUACCAAUGAAACAACGGUCGCUACCACAAUCAUUUUGGCUUCAGCCCAAUUCGAUCAAGUCAAGUUCCAUGGCUCAAAAUACGUAUUCCUGCCUGCCCCCACUUUUUCCGGAAGAUCACAACCCCGACAAGGAAUUGAUCGAGAGGCCAGUCAGCCCUUCUGAUGAGAGACAAGAAAAUCCCAGGCCACCAAAGAGAGUGGUCACAUCAGCACCGGACACUGAGUUACUAUUCAGUCUUUUUGAAAAAGUCAAUGGUAAUCCAUUAGAAAAAAAGCUCAUAAAGAGAGGAAGACCAAAAAAAGUUCACUCGGAAAAACAUACUUUACCGACAUUAAGUUACGAUGAUGAUCCUUAUAUUGUCGAAAAUCUCACGGGAAGGUUAUUUCCACAACUUUCCAUCGAAAGCCAUCGAAGUCCCAACGUGAGACUUUCCUCAUUAACAUUGACUACUGGAAGUAAUUGCAUCGAGCUGCCUUCACUCGCCGUUGAAAAUAACUAUCCUCAGAUGUUGAGUCAACUGGCUCAGGUUUUGUGAGUUUUUAAGCAUUGAAAGUCUUUCUUUUAACAAGAACUAUUUGGAAAUAGUCAUCUACGAGUCUACAUUAGAAAACUUAGACGAUAAAUUUAUUUAAUUCAACUGGGGGGCUUAAGCCUCGGAAAUAAUGUGUUCUUGCUUGAUUUACCAUCGCUUUCAUUCAGGUUUAUUACAGAAAAAUUGUCUCUGGAUAAGAGCUGUUUUCCAUUGUAAACAUUUCAUCCUAUAUUCAACAAUUAUAUUGCAGUACCACCAUUGAUUGAUGAACUAUAGGAAACGCUGUAAGCACUGUACUGUACUGCAGUGUGACAUAAGUUGUUCUUUUCUUGCGUUUCUUGUUUGUGAUCUGAAGCGUUUAAAAGACUUCCAUGUCAUAUUAUUAGUCCCGCAUGAUAAAAUCAUAUUUAUUGUAAUAAUUUUUCCUUGUUUUCAAACAACAUAGUACCCUGUCUGGUUACAUAUUUGACUCCAUCUAAAGGGUUGACAAAAACCUAGAUAUUACAGUUUUAAGUCGUGAAGGGUUUACAUUAAAAGUACCCAUAUAAGGGUGAGAAAAAUA